GUCGCCCUCUCUCGCUCUCUCUCUCUCUCGGAUCGUAGCCGCUCCCUUCCUUCCUCUUCCUGAGCGUGCCUGUCCUGGAGCCUCGUCUUCCUCGUCAGCUGCCUCCUCCUCCUCCUCCGCCGCCACGCGCAGCAGAGCCCCAGCGCCGCCCGCGGCAAGGUUUUAUUAAUCCAGCAUGCUGGCCACACUAGAAUCUAUCCGUUACCUCCAGGACUUUGGGUCGAGGGAGUGGGAGUCCUCCCCCUCAGCAGAGGUAGACCUGGACGUGAUUGAGGAGUACCUGCAGGAGCACUCCGUGGAGGUGCAGCAGGGAGGCCCUGCUCCCUACUGCAGGAGCGAGGAGGAGCCCAGCAUUGUGGAAAACAGUUGGUCAGGCCGAUUUGCAUACGAGUGGCGGUACAGCGCGCUGACCAGGACCGUGGAGGAGGGGUCGACUCACCAGACACCACAGCAAGCGACGUGGCUCAGCCCAGCCAGUGCCGAGUGGGGGAAGUGGCAGUGUGCGUACCACACCAACCCCAACAGCGACUCGGACUCCCAGUCCACAAGCUCCGGGUCCAACGACUACCCCCCCUCGCCCCCCAUGGACCGGAAAGGAAAGAGGGGGUGUGACAGUCUGCCUCUCCCUCCAAUAACAGGAAAGAAGAAAGAGCGUCUCUUCCAGUUCCUCUACGAGAUGCUGCAGAACCCAGAGAUGCGCAGCUGCAUCUGGUGGGCGCAGUCGGGCGACGGGACCUUCCAGUUCUCCUCGCAGAACAAGGAAAGGCUGGCCCAGCUGUGGGGCCGGCGCAAAGGAAACCGCAAGACCAUGACCUACCAGAAGAUGGCGCGAGCGCUCCGCAACUACUCUCGCACCGGCGAGAUCUGCAAGGUGAAGAGGAAGCUCACCUACCAGUUCAACGAGGGCACGCUUCGGGGGCUCCAGAACAACGGCAGCAGGACGGCGGGGUGUUGAGGAGCCCCCCUGGGGGGGAGCAUCCUUGCAGGAGAGUGGGCCCUGCACCCAGCGCACUUGGGGGGGGGGGGGG